AUGGAUGUCUCGCAGGCCGCUUUCCCAAACGGUGAAGGGCGGCCGGGCGGCGGUGAUGGUGGCGGUGGUGUUGGAGGGAGCAGGGAACAUGUCUGGACAGAUUCCCCCACGCACGCGUGGGCUCACUCGGCCCCGCUUUGCCCGACGCGGUCGCUGUGGACUGCCGCGUACGACUAUGAGGCGAGCGGCGAGGACGAGCUCAGUCUGUGUCGGGGCGACGUGGUCGAGGUCCUGUCCAAGGACGCGGCCAUAUCCGGCGACGAAGGCUGGUGGACCGGAAAGAUCAACCACCGGGUCGGCAUCUUCCCCUCCAACUAUGUCACCUACCAGCCUGCCAUUUACCGUCUGCCCGUCGCGAGCGCGCGGGAGCGGGUUCCGGCUUCCCCUGUCCAGAUCCCCUUCACCGAGCUGGUGCUGGAGGAGAUCAUCGGCGUAGGAGGCUUCGGCAAAGUGUAUCGCGGCACAUGGAAGGGUCAGGAGGUGGCCGUGAAGGCGGCCAGACAGGACCCUGACGAGGACAUUACCGCUACGGCGGCCAGCGUCAAGCAGGAGGCCAAACUAUUCUCCAUGCUGCAGCACCCCAAUAUCAUCAAGCUGGAGGGGGUGUGCUUGGACGAGCCCAACUUGUGCUUAGUCAUGGAGUACGCCCGAGGAGGCACGCUGAACCGGGCGUUGACCGGCAGGCGAAUUCCGCCGCACAUUCUGGUUAAUUGGGCCGUGCAGAUAGCGCGCGGGAUGCACUAUUUGCACGAGGAGGCCGUGGUCAUCCACCGAGACCUGAAAUCCAGCAACGUUCUAUUACUUGAAACAAUAGAAAAUGACGACAUCGGAAGGAAGACGUUGAAGAUCACUGACUUUGGCCUGGCCCGGGAGUGGCACAAGACCACAAAAAUGUCUGCGGCGGGCACCUACUCCUGGAUGGCCCCUGAGGUCAUCAAGUCGUCUACAUUUUCUAAAGGCAGUGAUGUCUGGAGCUAUGGCGUUUUGCUGUGGGAGCUGUUAACAGGGGAGGUGCCUUACAGGGGAAUUGAUGGCCUGGCUGUUGCUUAUGGCGUGGCUGUCAAUAAAUUAACAUUACCAAUUCCUUCCACCUGCCCCGAACCCUUUGCAAGGCUUAUGGAAGAGUGUUGGGAUCAAGACCCACACGUGCGCCCCUCAUUCUCCUGUAUCCUGGAACAGCUGUCUGCCAUCGAGGAGGCAGUGAUGGCCACCAUGCCGCAGGACUCUUUCCAUAUCAUGCAGGACGACUGGCGUGUGGAGAUUCAGGAGAUGUUUGACGAGCUCAGGACCAAAGAGAAGGAGCUACGUUCUCGGGAAGAGGAGCUGACGAGAGCCGCUCUGCAGCAGAAGUCCCACGAGGAGGUGCUGAAGAAACGCGAGCAGCUGCUAGCCGAGCGGGAGAUCAACGUGCUAGAGCGGGAGCUCAACAUCCUCAUCUUUCAGCUCAACAAGGACAAGCCUAACGUCAAGAAGCGCAAGGGCAAAUUCAAGCGAUCCCGCCUCAAGCUGAAGGACGGCAACCGCAUCAGCUUACCUUCAGACUUUCAGCACAAAAUCACAGUGCAGGCUUCGCCCUCCAUGGACAAGAGGCGGAGCCUUCACAGCACCAGCUCCUCUCCUCCCAGCAGUCCCACACUUAUACCCCGCCUACGAGCUAUUCAACUGACGUGCCCUGUGGAGAGGGAUACAUUGUUUGUUUACCAGCAAGACGUGGAUCUGAGCAGCGAGCUCUCGUGGUUCGGCGUCACGCAGGAUGAGAGCAACCGCACAUGGGGUCGUAGCCCCACCUUAAGGCAGGAAGAAUUUGACGAUGUGAGGAGGGGUAUCAAGAAGAAGGGGAGAACCUGGGGCCCUAGUUCAGUGCAAAGCAAAGAAAGGCCUGCUGCCACAGAGAGAGUGCGUCCGCUCUCAGACGGCAGCAACCCAUCAUGGUCCACCAGUCUGGUGAAGUCGCAGAAGCCUGUCCCACUUGCCUCCCUUUUUGCUGAACAGGGAGAAGGUGGUAGAGAUGAGUCCUUCACACAAGAGUGUUCCGACAGCAGCUCCAAACCAAAGCAGCUCAAAUUCCCCAACCAGGUGUACCUGGAUCUACCUCUAUGGCGGGACGAGCAGCAGCCCCCCUGCAUCGUAGGGGAGGGUCCGGCCAGGCCGGUGUCUCCGGGUGGCCCGGCCGAGAGUCCAGAAGACACCGCCACCACGUCCACCUCUUCGGCCUCCACAACCCCACAGCUCACGCCCACCAACAGCCUUAAGAGGGCGUCGGGUCGUCGCAAGAUGGAUUCUGUGCUGUACGGCUGUGGCUCACUGUUGGCCUCUGUCGUGCUUGGCUACGACAUACGCGAGGCACUCAAGAAUGCUCAGGAUGACGGCGAGCCACCGCGGGAGGAGAAGAAAAAGAAGGAGGGCCUGUUCCAGCGCGCCACCCGCUUCCGACGCAGCACCUCCCCGCCGAACGGCAGCCGCUCUCGUAAAGAUGAGAUCUCGCCGACCCACGUCUCCAACCCGCACGCCAACUUGGUCUCCAUGUCAGCCAUCGUGGAAUGCAAGUCCACAAAGUGCCUGCUCCAGUCAGAGGCGGAGGUGUCGCGGUGCAGCCCCACCAAGGCUGACCUCGUGCCAGUCAGUCAACAUGUCGAGACCCCUCGGCCUGCUCCGCCGGUGCCCCCGCCUGUAGAAAAAAAACAAACGACACCGCCACAAACCCAAAGUCAACCGGCGGAGGUGACCAACCAUAACAUGGGGACACGCCUCCGCAGAAAAAAAUACAACAACCAUGAUGCGAACGGCCUUCCCAGCUUGCCGCCUCCAACUGCUCCCAAGAAGACCAGAGACACGCGACCCGUCUCCUUCUGGGCUAAGCCGCACGCGCGAGGUCUGGUCGCUCACCUGGGCAAGAGCUAUUCGCUGGGCCACUACUCGGGCGAGAAAGCGGCGCAGGCCUGCUCGUUGCUCGACAUGGACGCCGAGGGCCAGAACCGCGACUGUACAGUGCCAUUGUGCCGCAUCCAGAGCUCGCCGGGCAGGCCCACCUUAUACGAGCUGGAAAAAGAGUUCCUCUCCUAG